UCGAACACCUAGCAAGCUUAUUUUAAAGCCGCAUUUUUUUUUCUCUCUUUCCCGUUACGACAAGAAUUAAUAAACAAACCUUCCCUCUAAUACACGUGGCAAAAAAACCCAGAACCACCUCCGAGCUAACGUGUCAACCCCCUUCAUCUUCACAAGGCACCACCGUCACCAUCACUAUCACCAUAGUCCAUAGCUCCUUCAUUACCAAACCAACUCGACUCUUUCAAAGUUUCAAUCACAUCACGCAAAACAAACAAACAAACAAACAAUGCACCGCUUCAAACCCUGCCUCCGGUUCGCCAAAUCCACUGCGUACCGUUCCUUCUCCUCUCACAACCUCGAAACCGCUGGGCCCAUUGCCUCGAAGCUCGAUUCAAGGUCCGUGGUCCGGUUCCGAGGCCCAGACACUGUAAAGUUCCUGCAAGGCUUAUUGACCAACGAUGUACGGAAAUUCAGUGAACCCAUGGGUGAGAAUGAGAGAACCUCCACCUUGCCCGCACCGAAUUUGCCUCCUAUGUACGCCGCGCUCUUGACCCCUCAGGGAAAGUUCCUCUACGACCUCUUCCUUUACAAGCCGCCUAAGCCCGACGCCAAGCUCGACAAGUCUGGUUCCGGACCUGGGUCUGACCCGGACCAAUCGUUUGAACUGUUUGCGGAUGUGGAUGCUACUGUCUUGGAUGAGCUCUUGGUGACCUUCAAAAAAUACCGAGUAAGGUCUAAGGUUGAGAUUGAGAAUGUGGCAAAAGACUUCUCUUGCUGGCAGAGGUAUGGUGGGAACCUUCCUGAAAAGUCCUCAUCUAUAGAAGAACCAGAGGCUGCCAGUGUUGGCUGGGGUGCUGGUGUUGAUCAUUCAGGCGAGUCAGCUUCACGUGGAAAUAAUCUUGGAUGGCAAUGGUUUAAUGAUCCCAGAUUGGAUUCUCUAGGUUUCAGGGGGAUCUUUCCAUCAGAUAUAAUACCACCUUUGAUUGAGGCUGACAAAGAAACAGAUGAACAAAAUUACCUGCUUUGGAGGUUACAGAAGGGGGUUGCAGAAGGCUCAACUGAGAUUCCAAAAGGUGAGGCAAUGCCUCUUGAAUACAAUCUUGCUGGUCUGAAAGCAAUAAGCUUUGACAAAGGGUGCUACAUGGGCCAAGAGCUUGUAGCUCGUACGCAUCAUCGAGGCGUCAUUCGCAAGCGCUUGCUUCCUUUAAGGUUUCUUAACGAUAGUGGAGAAGAAGUGGAGCAAAAGGUUGCUCCUGGCUCAGAGGUGAUAGAUACUGCCUCCCACAAGAAGGCUGGUACUGUGAGGGCUGCACUUGGGUGUCGUGGGCUUGGUCUUUUGCGGUUGGAGGAAGCCUUCAAAGGAUCAGGUGCAUUGACCAUACAAGGACAGGAGAAUGUGAAGGUCGAGGCUGUUAGAACAGAUUGGUGGCCUGCUGAAUGGUUUCAAGAGUAUCAACAGUAUAGUGCAGUUGCUUAGGCUUGCUUAUUCAGAGAAAAAGCAUAGCACUAAUGGUUAAAACUUUAUACUACUUUACAUUUUUCUUUUUAUGAGAAAUAAAAUGAGGCUGUUUUUUAUUCUUUUAUUACAAAGAAGAAAACUGUUGUAGUAAUGCUGAUUUAAACAUUAAUAUAACAAAUAGCACUGCAAGUGUAGAGAAGGGCAGUGGAAAAAAUAUUGCUUGUAGAAAACGUAAAGAAAAUGAAUGCAAAGUCAAUACUUCGUUUUCUGAA